AUGAUAUUCAAUAUAUUUUUCUCUGGGAAGUCAGAUAAUGAUGAUUGCACACUCUUCUCUGAUCAUACACUGAUAAACCGCAGAAGUGUCAAAGCUGACCCAACAACAGCAUACAGGGAAGAUCGAGAUUUCCUUCUUCUUGUAAUAAAGUCAAGAGUAAUAGCAGCUGCAAUGACAGUACUUGGAUUUGAGAAUAAAUCUGGUCAACCAGACAACUUCCCUAUACCCGAAAACCUAUCGAAUCAGAGUAAACUUGCAAAACAGCAGUACUUACACAAAGCAUCAGCACAGAUUAUUGACAAGCUGGUUUUCACAAACGAUUCUAUAGAAAAGGCACUUGCAGAAGGCAUUUCUAUCCAAGAAAAGGAUAGUGGAAAGAGGUUUCCAUGCAGAUUUGUUGGAUGUUCACAUACAUUCAAGUAUGACGGCAAGAGCAGGAGAUUGCACGAAAUGACCCAUGAUCCUCCACCAAUUCCAGAUGAACAAACUCCAAAAUCAGUACAGUCUAAUGAUGACAUUUACAGUUAUAACUGUGCAUUGUUAGAAAAUGGUCUGUUUUUCAUGAAUUUUCUAGAUGCUGUGAAGGAGGGUGAUGGAUCCAGAAUUAAGUAUCUUCUCCUUCUUUGUAAAGCUUGA